AGGAACUGAGUUCAGGUUUAAAUGUGGUAAAACCGCACCUCAUCAGAAUUGUGAUUUUGAAAGUCCAAAAAUGGCGUCAUUGACUUUCGUCUUAAUAGUUUGCGUCAUAAUGUCUCUGAGUGAAUCCUGUUUUAUUGAACUUUUAGAACCAGGAGCAACAAACUGUACGGAUCGCACCGAUAAUUCCUGUCAUCCAAUUGGAAGCAGUUGGACAAACACCAAAUGCAUCAGAUGUGAUUGCUCUGCCACUGAGAUGUCAUGCUGUGAAACGAUGGGUACAGUGACAAACCAUACCGAAGUCUGUAUUGUGACGUAUAAUUACACCACAUGCACGUUUAAAGUGUUUCAUCCAGAUGACUCCAGCUUCAAUUGUGAAUUCAGUGCUAUAUUAAAAUGAUUCUCAACGAUUGCUAACACGUUUGUUCUUGUUGUACUUUGUUUUGCAAAAUUAAAAUCUCAUUACGCAUUCUAA